GUGUUUAUUUCUGUUGAAAUUCAGACGCGUGGAAUCGGCACCAAACUUUCCACAAGUGCACGAGUGAGACAGGCGAUCGUGAGCGCGAAAGAGUCUUCACUUUCGCGCCAGAGACAAUAAUUUUGAAGUCAGUUUUUUCGCGGACUCGAGAGGAAGUGGGUGCUCUUGAACUGUUGGAUCUCCUCGUGUGAAAUCUGUGAAAUUUCCCAGAGAUUUUUUCCCGAAAGAAAAUCCAUAGAGAAAAAAAGACGAGAAAUCACAAAGUCUGUGAAAUUAUUAGUUGUUUAAGAUGCUUAAGUCACUAGUUGUCGUAUCGUGCCUUGUGGCGGUCAUUCGCUGUGAUUCAGGUCUCAAAGUUGACGUGGUCAGUGUACCGGAAGUGUGUUCCAACAAGUCGAAAAAUGGUGAUAUGCUCACAAUGCACUACACCGGAACCCUCACAGAUGGCAAGAAAUUCGACUCAAGCCUCGACCGAGACCAGCCCUUCACGUUCCAAUUAGGCGCCGGGCAGGUCAUCAAGGGCUGGGACCAGGGCCUCUUGGACAUGUGCGUGGGUGAGCGGAGGAAGCUCACGAUUCCGCCGCACCUCGCGUACGGCGACCGAGGCGCCGGCAACGUGAUUCCCGGCGGCGCCACGCUCGUGUUCGAGGUAGAGCUCAUCAACAUCGGCGACUCGCCGCCCAGCACCAACGUCUUCAAGGAGAUCGACGACAACAAGGACAACCAGCUGAGCCGGGAAGAGGUAAUUGAAUAUGUCAGCGAGUAUCUGAAGAAGCAAAUGACCGCCGUCGAAGGGCAGGAUUCGGAUGAGCUGAAGAGCAUGCUUCAGGAGCACGACAAGCUCGUGGAGGAGAUCUUCCAGCACGAGGACAAGGACAAGAACGGCUUCAUUUCCCACGAUGAGUUCUCUGGCCCGAAGCACGAUGAAUUAUAAUUGUCCUCAAGCGCCCAAUCAUCGACAGUUUUAUUUUAAUCACAUCUCUUUUGUUACAUUUACCAUUUAUGGAAAAUGAAUGUUAAUUAGGUGUAAAAUGUAUGAAUAAGUGAGAAGUGUAUUCACGACUUUUUCUCAUAUGAUUUUUCUUGGUUUUACUUUCCGCCUAGAAUUAGAAAAAACACACACACGGAAAAGAGAUCGUAAUUCUGUUUCGGGAAUCUUCAUUGAAGGACGCGGAGAAGUGACAGUGUUUAAACCCCAAGAUAUUCAAUACUGUAUACUUGAUUUGUUGAUGUACAUAUUUAUUGAUGAAAAAAAAAUACCAUGCGAAUCAUGCAAAUUAGGUGGUAAAUAGAGGACUUCUUGUUUCCUUACAUUUUAUUGUAACUCAUCUUCAAGCGCAGAACGAUUGCAAAUGAAACGAAAACAUAUCAAGAUUUUUGUACGCCCAGAAUAUAAUGGAAACAUUUAGGAAUUUGUGAGCUUUUGUACAUGAGAAUAUUUCUUAUCAAGACAGCAAUGUAGAACGAUAGACGAGUUUUCCAAUAAACAUAUUUUCAAGUUUCCGAAAAA